AUGGGCGGCGAUGGCGGUGGAGGUGGCAGCAAAGGAAGAGGAAAGAGACGAGGAGAGGAAGCGCAGGAAGCUGCUAAGAGGAGUAAAGCUAGUUCGAAUGCUACGAAAGUGAAGAAGGAGCGAACAUCUCGUGAGAGCCGAGCCAGCACAAGGAGCCCGAGCAAGCAGUCUUCCAUCCUCAAGUUCUUUAUGGGAUCAGGCACACCGGCAUCUCAAGAAGCCAACGAGACUGUUGACCAGGGCAAACGGAAUCUGCGCGAGGCUGAACCCAAGCGUGAUGAGAAUGAAGUCAUCGAGCUUGAUUCAAGCGAAAGCGAGGAGCGUCCAGCAGCAGAUGAAGCACAAGACUCUGAGCCGAGACUGACAGACAAGUGGAUCAAGCUAGACAACAGCACCGGCGGGAGUCAGAUAGAAACGACUGACAAGAAGUUAAAGCUAGAGGACAGUACCAGCGGAAGUCAGUCAGACAAGUUUGACAGCUCCAGGAUCUUAGCAGAUGAUUAUAAUCCUGAGCAAGAUGCUUGUUGGAAGCGAGGAGAGCCUGCUCCGUACCUGCAUCUCGCUCGAACCUUCUCCACCAUCGACAACGAGAAAGGAAGGUACAAACUACGAACAGCCAUGUGCAACAUGUUCCGCAGCAUCCUCUGCCUGACACCCGAAGACGUCCUGCCCGCGGUGUACCUGGCUGUCGGCAAGAUCGCUCCAGCACACGAGGGGAUUGAGCUCAACGUCGGGGACUCAGCGAUAUCAGAUGCUGUGGCGGAGGUGACAGGAGUCAGUCGAUCGCGAAUGCACGAGGCCUACGCUAAGCUAGGAGACCUCGGCGAUGUUGCUCAAAGCUUCCGCAGGAACCAACGGCUCAUCUGCCAACCCACUCCCCUCACAGUUCGAGACGUCUUCAAGACCCUCAAGGCGAUCGCCAAUGAAGGAGGAGCAGGAAGCUCCGCUCGUCGCAAGGCCUUGAUGACCAAACUCUUGCGCAGCUGCAGGGAACAGGAGACGCGCUACAUAGUCCGCACCCUCCUGCAGCACAUGCGCAUAGGUAUGAACACGACGCUCGUGCUGGGAGCACUGGCGACCGCAUACCAUCUGGAGCAAGACAAGUCCAUCAAGCAGGAGGAAGUAGAACCUCAGGCUACCGCGAAGCGAAACCCUCCGAAGAAAGCGGUCAAGGGCACUACCAAGUUCUCAGUCCUCAUCGAAGAGCAGCUGAAGCUCGCGGCAGCUGCUGCAUCCACUGCUUACUCAGAGUGUCCGAACCUCAAUGGUCCGUCAAUGAACAGCUUGGCUGUUGAUGACGUUUACGCUUCUCCUGCAGUACUCGUCCCAGCCCUCCUGGAAGGAGGCAUCGACCACAUGGUCAAGAAGUGCACGGUUACUCCAGGAACUCCGUUCAAGCCGAUGCUUGCUAAGGUAGCAACGGGCAUGGCGGACGCCAUCGGCAAGUUCGAGAAGAGAUACGGCAAGGGAUGCAGCUUCCUAGCUGAAUACAAGUAUGAGAUGCGAUACGAUGGACAACGAGCGAUGAUCCAUGUUUCUGCCGAGAGCGGAGCGGUCAAGAUAUUCUCAAGAAACUGCGAGGAUUGCACAGCUUCAUUUCCCGACGUGGUUGAAACUAUGCAGGUCUUUGUGUUCGACUUGCUCUUCCUAGGAAGCGACUCGCUAGUCAGAGAGCCGCUCAGAGUCCGUCGGCAGAAGCUCGUGGAAUUUCUGAGCGAAGAUGCCAUCGCCCAGCGGAGGGAUAUUGAAAUGGCACGCGGUCGGCUGUUUCCAUUCCGUCAUGAUGCAGAGGAGAAGCAGGAGGAGAAGCAGGAGGAGAAGCAGGAGGAGAAGCAGGAGGAGAGGGUUGAAGGAGCUCACGCUGUUUUGCUCGAAGCGCUGGAGGCUCAAUGCGAAGGUCUGGUGGUCAAGCAGGCGGAUGCUCCCUAUCACCCGGGGAAGCGUUCAGACGCCUGGCUCAAGGUGAAGAAAGACUACGUGGAGGGCUUGGCAGACUCGCUGGACUUGAUUCCAAUAGGAGCAUGGAAUGGGAGCGGACGAAAGGCAGGAUGGUUCUCUCCUUGGCUCAUGGCCGUCCAGAACCCAGAAACUGGAGAGUUACAGUCGAUCUGCCGGGUGAUGUCGGGCUUCACCGACGCCUUCUACAAGGAGGCGACAGCUCGGUUCAAGGACAAGAUCGUCACGUCGCCUCCCUCCUAUUACAUCACCGGAGAAAACCCUUCUACUUGGUUCGAGGCCUCGGAGGUGUGGGAGAUCCGAGGAGCCGAGCUGACUGCCAGUCCGGUCCACAUGGCGGCAGUGGGGGAGGGGCCUGAAGGCAGGGGCCUUGCCCUUCGCUUUCCCCGAUUCCUGCGGAUCAGACACGACAAGACUAUGGAGGAGGCGUCGACAUGCGAGCAGGUCUUGGACUUGUUCCGAUCUCAAGCCAACCGCAUUGCUCCUCGCCUGCCUGCACAUGAAGCGAGCAAGGGAGGAGGAGCCAUGGAAGAUGCGGGAAGCUGCGAUUCAGACUGAUGUAUGAUAAUGUAGAUAGCAAAGAGUGUACAUGCUAAGGC